UAGAAAGCACAUUUUUUGAUCGACUUUUGCGCAAACAUCGAAGUGAAGAAGGUUCUAUGCAGUUAUUUCGUUGUUUCAAACGUCAUUCGUGAUUUCAUUCCAGUGAAGUAAAGGUGUUCCUUGUGUCGCGUGUCCACAAUUUGUUGGAUCGUUGUUUCUGGAAAUUGACGUCUUCAGCAACCGAGUGUUUUAUUGGAUUUGUGACGUGCUCUUGCAAUCAAGAUGGUGAAGGAAACAACAUACUAUGACAUUCUGGGUGUGAAGCCAUCCUGCACAUCAGACGAGCUCAAAAAGGCGUACAGAAAGUUGGCGCUCAAAUACCAUCCAGAUAAAAAUCCAAAUGAGGGAGAGAGGUUCAAGCAGAUCUCGCAGGCGUACGAAGUCCUGUCCAACCCAGACAAGAGGAAGAUUUAUGACCAAGGUGGUGAACAAGCGCUCAAAGAAGGUGGUGUAGAUGCAAGCGGCUUCUCAUCUCCCAUGGACCUCUUCAACAUGUUCUUCGGCGGAGGCUUCAGCGGGGGCAGUCGCCGUGGCCGCGAGCGCAAGGGCAAGGACGUGAUCCAUCAACUCUCGGUGACGUUGGAGGAGCUGUACAGGGGUGCGGUCAGGAAGCUGGCGCUGCAGAAGAAUGUGAUUUGUGAGAAGUGCGAGGGUCGAGGCGGGAAGAAGGGCGCAGUACAAACGUGCACAGCGUGCCGCGGUUCAGGCAUGCAAGUGCAGAUCCAACAACUCGGCCCCGGCAUGAUCCAGCAGAUACAAACGGUGUGCAGCGAGUGCCGUGGGCAACGGGAGAUUAUUGAUCCCAAGGAUAGGUGUAAAGUUUGUCAGGGACGAAAAACGGUCCGCGACCGCAAGAUACUAGACGUGCACGUGGACAAGGGAAUGACGGACGGACAGAAGAUCGUGUUCAGCGGCGAGGGUGACCAGGAGCCUGACAUGGAGCCAGGGGACCUGAUCAUUGUGCUCGAUGAAAAGGAGCAUGAGGUAUUCAAACGUAGAGGCAACGAUCUCAUAGUGCGUCUCAACAUUGAGCUUGUGGAGGCUCUAUGUGGCUUCCAGAAGGUCAUCAGGACCCUGGACGAUAGGGAUAUUGUGAUCACGGUGAUGCCAGGGGAAGUGACGAAGCAUGGGGAACUUAAGUGUGUACUUAAUGAAGGCAUGCCAAUGUACAAGAAUCCAUUUGACAAGGGCCAGCUGAUCAUUCAGUUCCUGGUGAACUUCCCGAACCAAAUACCGCCUGAAGUCAUUCCAGCUUUGGAGAACUGCCUGCCACCGAGACCUAGGGUGGACAUCCCCGAGUUAGCGGAAGAAUGCCAGCUGAUGGAGCUAGAUCCUGAACAAGAAUGGCGACGGCGGCGUGCACACCGCAACGCGUACGACGAGGACGACGACCAGCCCGGCAUGAACCGUGUGCAGUGCGCUACUAGCUAACUUGGUUAAGAAGAUUUGUGCAAGAUAGUGGGGUGCAGGGGUCUAGUUAGACUGGUCGUUGUGGCUGGCUAGUUGGAUCCCAGUGUGUGAAGUGUGGAGUGUUAGAUUGGUUAUUGUCACCUUCAGUGAGCUAACUUUGUGGGAAAAGUGGGGGGAUCUGGUUACAUUGGUUGAGCUGGCCAGUUAGAUCGCAGCCAUAAUACUUAACUCCCAAGUAUCUGCUCCGCAACGCGUACGAUGAGGACGACGACCAGCCCGGCAUGAACCGUGUGCAGUGCGCUACUAGCUAACUUGGUUUAGAAGAUUUGUGCAGUGCGGGGUCUUGUUAGACUGGUCCGUGUGGCUGGCUAGUUGGAUCCCAGUGUGUGAAGUGUGGGGGAGUGUUAGAUUGGUUAUUGUCACCUUCAGUUAGCGUACAGUGCGAAGAAGUAAAGAGAACUGGGCAGGUGGAGUGGGAGGUUAAGGUAAGGCUGGUCGUUGUGAUUGGCUAGUUGGAUCCAAGUUUAAUUUUUCGAUUAUUGUCGUCUUUAGUUCGUAUCCUCAUACGUUAUUAGUACCAUCAACUAUAUAGAUAUCAAGCGAUUAUUCUCUUGAUCCCCUCUAAGUAAUAAUGUUUGUUGUGAGAUCAUGUUGACUUGGUUAUUCAGUUCAAUAUGUAUGUAAAUGAAUUUGUUGUUAUAAUAUCUAUGUCGUGAGCGUUAAGGUCUAGAUUCGCUAGAUUAAAUUGAAUUGUAAUUUAUUGGUAUACUGUAUGUUUGUAGGGUUUUGGGUGUCAUUAUUUGAGUGAAGUUUGACAAAAAUAAAUAUACUAUUUAUUAGAAUUAAGGUGACAAUAAAAACCAUUAAGUUACAUAGACCCCUUUGUAUUACUUAUCAUGACUUGGUGGAUCUUGAAUAUCAUCUAUGAUACAUAUAACUAGCUUCCGCCCGCGUCUCCGUCCGCGCGGAUGUCGGUCUUCGCGUGGAUGGUUUAUUUCUCCAUUUUGAGUAACUCUGAUAAUGACACAUUAUAAAAAACUUUUUAAU